CACCAGGUGGCGCUGUGGCCGCCAAACCAACAUCCACUGACAAGCGCCUUUGCCGAAUAAGUGGACAACGCAGGAAGCAAACCUGCAGCUCUGGUAUAGUAGAUUCAACGUUAGUAAAACACAAGUCUUCCGUUCUCUGUUUUGUUUGCGCUUGUUUUACAUUACGGAAAAGCAUUGGAUUCGUGUGUUAAAUGUGACUAUAUUGUUUUUGACGACCGUGUGUGCGCGGCUGGUCUCUCGUCUGAUAGCCUAGCAUCCUUGUAGCUAGCCUGAGGCUUUCCACAUAGCUUGCUAACAUCAAAACAGGUUGAUUUUGAUGAUGAAUUUGGUCAAAAACAGGACUUUGCACCCACAUCUGCGCGACGAGGAAGCUCUCGUGGUGGAAAACGCCAUCCGGCUGGCGAUAGACUCGAUAAUAAACGUGCUGUACGGUGUCAACAGUGCCAGGACUCAUGAGUACCAGCGGAUGGUGGCCGACAGGGACAAAGAGAUCCAGCGGCUGGAGUGCAGGCUGAGAGAGAUAGAGCACGAGCUGCAGGUGCUGCGCCGACAAGGAUGCACCUGUGGGCUGUUUGGAAUAGAGCACAGCCUCGUCGGAUCACAGGCCACCUGUGACCCACAGAAGGGAGAGCAGAGCGGGUUUGAACCAAGCUGCAUUGACAGUGAGAUGACAGCAGAGCAGCAGGAGUGUGAAAUGAGUAUCUCUUUGGGUCUUUUUGCAAGACCCCCCUCACAUGUUUCCUCCCAAAGCCAGGAGGCGGCUCUUCCAUCAUCCCCCAGCAAAAUGGGUCUGGACCAGACCUGCACCUCCCACUCCUCAGAGUCCUCAGGUGUAUCAGAGGCAGCCAGGAAUCUGCUUACAUCUCCCUGCAGCCUCGUCGUCAAAGAGGAGCCGUGUGAUAUCAACACAGUCUUAAUCAAGUGGGAAAUGAGUGAAGAGAGAUUCGGGGAGCAUCAGGAGAGCACAAGCAGUCCGUGUCAGGAGGAAGAGAGCCCCAGUGUAAAAAACAAAUUGGAGAACAGAGAGAGAAAAAAGUUCAGGGAGAAACCUCAUGCAGACCCAGACGGACACAGCGUCACUGAGGGAGAACACCCGAGGAACAAGAAGAAGAGCGUACCGACAUCCGAGCUGCCGGAGGAGGCUCAGAGACUGAAGAGAGCAGCCUGGAGAGCAGCUUCCAGGCGUUACUACGCCCGAAAAAUAGCCCGCCAACAGGCAAACCCCUCACGCUCUGGCCCCUUUCCCCACAUUACAGACUCUCGAUAUUCACAACCCAUCUCUUUUGUGGAUAAGAGGAGGAGGACACUGAUAUCGGAGUUACCUGAAGACUCUCAGACGCUACAGAGGGAGGCAUGGAGAGCCGCGUCCAGGAGGUACUACGCUCGAAAAAUUGCUCGCCACCAGACCGAGCCCACACAGUACGUACACCUGCUUCAGAACAUGGAGCCGUCUGAAGAAACACUGGAACCUAACACAGGAGGAUCCCAAACCAACAGUGGAGGAAUAAUGUGCAGCUGAUAGACAGUAAUGCUGUUGAGGUUUUCUAUUCUGCACUAUGUGAAUGUUUGUAUUCUGUUAAUAUGUUUUGGUUGAUUUGCACUAAUGACGUUGACACAUGUCUCAGGUCUUCUGAUAUGGUUCGAACAGUGUUUUAAAUGAAAGUCAUUUAAAGGUCCAGUGUGUAACAUUUAGGAGGAUCUAUUGGCAGAAAUGGAAUAUAAUAUUUCUAAGUGUUUUCAUUAGCGUAUAAUCACCUGAAAAUAAGAAUUGUUGUGUUUUCAUUACCUUAGAAUAAGCUGUUUAUCUAUAGAGAGAGCAAGUCCCCUUCCACUGAGGCCACUAUGUUUCUACAGUAGCCCAAAAGGACAAACCAAACACUGGCUCCAGAUAGGGCCUUUCGCGUUUUCCGUGGCCACCGUAGUUUCUCCUACACACUUAGAAAGGGAGGGCGAGGCGAGCAGUAUUCAAAUGGUUGCAAACUGCAAUUGCACCACUAGAUGCCACUAAAUCCUACACACUGGACCUUUAAACUGUCAUUUGUGUUUCUUCAUAGUAUAUUUUCAUAGAAAUAUGCAACGAACCUCCCUGAGAACAACAGGGUUCUAAUUUCUUACUGUUUUAUUAUUUUUCUUCAUUUCAGCCUUCUUUUGUAUACUGCAUUGCAUGCCUGUGCAAAAUGCUAACUGCAAAUGAAGAUUGAAUAAAUGUAUUUUGAGGCAAUGUAAAGCUAUUGUACAGUAUUAUUCAUGUAAUAGCCACUGUGUCAAAACAGCGCCCCUGGAGCUCAGCGUCUGUAACUACAAUCAAGACAUCUAUAAUGGUCAAAUUAUGAGUUCAACAUCUCUGUGUUCAUGACAGAUGAGGAAUUACCAGUUGAAUUUUUACUGGUAAGACUUAAUGUAUUUUUUGUUCAUGUGGAACAUGUUAAAUAAUAAAGACAAGAUCAUUUAAAUACAAUUGUGGUAUUUCUGUUGUAAUCAAAGAAUCAUGUCUGUCUAAACUGGUCUUUUAGUUAUAAACACCAAUUUCAUCUGUUAUUGCACCAACACAUUUUUUUUUUUAAAUCAGUAGGCACUUAAGUAUUUGAGUUCAUGCAAACUUGACCCCUGAGUAAAGAAAGCUUUCUUUGUCCCAAAUGUGUCUUAUUUGUCUCUGUUAAUUAUACACAAUAAAAGCAAAACACAAGA